AUGAAACUUAUUCAGUUUGCCGUCCUUGCCGUCCUUGCUGCUGUUACUGGGGUGAAGGCAGCUGCUACUGAUAGCAACACUGGAAUCUGUAUAUUGCCAUGUUUUUCCAAGGAACCUGAGUGCACAGAAGGGUGGUAUGCAGUCAAACUUGGUGACUGCUGGACCUGCUGCACUGAGGCUUAG